GGCGCUAAUAAACAACAGAUUCUUACUGCAUUCGCACACGCGCACAACAGAAGAAGACGAGGAACCAGUGCGGAAAUAAGUAGUCAAAAUGAUUGGAGAUCUUCUAAUUUUCGGCACUCUUCUCGUGAACGCUGGAGCUGUGCUCAACUUUAAACUGAAGAAAAGAGAGAGUCAGUCUCAAGGGUUUGGAGAUGAAUCUCGGGUAUCAAGCACAGGUGACAACAUCAGAGAGUUUUUACUGAGCCUACGAUACUUUCGCAUCUUCAUCGCCCUUUGGAACAUAUUUAUGAUGUUCUGCAUGAUCUUGUUAUUUGGAUCAUAACAUGUUACUCAAAGGAGCACAACUAAUACCAGGGAUAUUGCAAUAUGGUGUCUGGAUGACGUUUUGUAAAGGUUUACUUUAACUGUGGGAUGCUUUGAAGUCUUGUUACAGUCUUACUGGAUAUCUGCAAGAUUUGUUCAAAAUGUAUAUUACUUUCUGAGAUGUGUGUUAACACUUUGUGAAUUAAUGUUUUAAACUUGUUGCUCAAUAUAAUGCUAGAAGUUUAAAUAUUCACCUUUUGUAUGCUACGAAUGGACUGUUUUUCACCCAGUGUGGGUAAGAAAAGAGUCUAUGGUUCUGCAUGAAAGACACAUGCAUUGAUCAAUUAUUAAAGAAAAUGUGAGCAUAUAAA